AGGCGCAGUCGGCUCUCCCUCCCUUGGCUCCCUUCGCAGUGCGCCCGCCGCGGCGGAGUGGAGCGGCGUCUGUCCGCCGCCGUCCUUCGCGUCUCCCGAGCUGGGCACGCGCACCCUGCGGCUCUGCGAGCGCCGCUGAGCGCGGGCGGCGGCCGCGGCGGGUCCGACAGCUUAGGCUGUCCUAUGAUGAAGCCUUGCUAUGGCUAACGACCCCUUAGAAGGUUUCCAUGAAGUGAACCUCGCUUCGCCUACCUCUCCGGACCUUCUUGGUGUGUGUGACCCGGGAACCCAAGAGCAGACUACCUCCCCGAGCGUCAUCUACCGGCCACACCCUUCGACGUUGUGCUCUGCCACUAUCCAGGCCAAUGCCUUAAAUCUUUCUGACCUUCCCACACAGCCUGUGUAUUCAUCCCCGAGGCAUUUAAACUGUGCAGAGAUAUCUAACAUCAGCAUUCAUGUUCCAGAGCCAGCAUCAUCGGUAGCCUCUGCGGUCUCAGCAGGGCUCACGAGGUUCACCUCAAGGAAGGACAGCUGCAACGCAGAGAGGGAGUUUCUGCAGGGCGCCACCGUCACAGAGGCUUCUGCUGGCAACGAUGACAUCUUUGGGUUGAGCACGGAUAGCCUGUCCCGUUUACGGAGCCCAUCUGUUCUGGAAGUUAGAGAGAAGGGCUACGAAAGGUUAAAAGAAGAACUUGCAAAAGCUCAGAGGGAAUUGAAGUUAAAAGAUGAAGAAUGUGAGAGACUUUCGAAAGUGCGAGAUCAACUUGGGCAGGAGUUGGAAGAACUCACAGCUAGUUUAUUUGAGGAAGCUCACAAGAUGGUGAGAGAGGCGAACGUCAAGCAGGCCACUGCAGAAAAGCAGCUGAAGGAAGCUCAAGGGAAAAUUGAUGUGCUUCAAGCCGAAGUGGCCGCGCUGAAGACACUCGUACUGUCCAGUUCUCCAACAUCGCCUACGCAGGAGCCUCUGGCGGCUGCAAAGACGCCCUUUAAAAGGGGGCACACACGGAACAAAAGUACAAGCAGUGCUAUGAGUGGCAGCCACCAGGACUUCAGUGCGAUCCAGCCAAUCGUAAAAGACUGCAGAGAGGCCGAUCUAUCGCUGUAUAAUGAGUUCAGGUCUUGGAAGGAUGAGCCCACAAUGGACAGAACGUGUCCCUUCCUAGACAAGAUCUAUCAGGAGGAUAUCUUUCCAUGCUUAACAUUCGCGAAAAGUGAGUUGGCUUCAGCUGUUCUGGAGGCCGUGGAGAACAACACCCUAAGCAUCGAGCCAGUAGGGUUGCAGCCCAUCCGCUUCGUGAAGGCUUCCGCGGUGGAGUGCGGAGGGCCAAAAAAGUGUGCUCUCACUGGCCAGAGUAAGCCCUGUAAGCACAGGAUUAAACUAGGGGACUCCAGCAGCUAUUACUACAUCUCUCCGGUUUGCAGAUACCGGAUCACUUCUGUAUGUAACUUUUUUACAUACAUUCGAUAUAUUCAGCAGGGACUUGUGAAACAGCAGGAUGUUGAUCAGAUGUUCUGGGAAGUUAUGCAACUGAGAAAGGAGAUGUCGUUGGCAAAGCUGGGAUAUUUCAAAGAAGAACUCUGAUGCCCUGAGUGCGGGGCCGUGCGUGCUCCUCCCUGGACAGCUGAAGGAUGACAACGUUUUUAUGGUUACUCAAUAUUUAUUUCUAAGGAGAAGGCCAAAGACUUCCCUCCUCUGCACACCACACUACGAAGUGCUGUGAUUUUUUUCAAACUGACUGAGCUGUACUUGCUUAUCCCUUAGUGGAACACACUCUGAAGACUGCAGGCCUGCUAGUGAUGGUAAUUCAACACUGCAAAUCCAAACCACCAAAUAAACACCAGACUGAGCGUGCGUGUCUUUCUUAGCUCUGACUUGGCAUAGAGUUGCAGAGGUCGAUAGUAGUCUUCACAUUGUACCCCUGUGAGAGCGAGGAAGGAGCCAGGUGGACAGGGCUUCCUGUCUGUGUGUAUGCUGGCAUCCAGACGAAAGGUUUUAUUUAUUUUUAUUCUGCCAGCUGUGAUGUAGGGAAUCCCUUUAUCAUAAUGAUUUGUUAAGUGUAAUAAAUGAAGACAGUGAACAUGCUUGGGCAUCCUGACGGACGGCUUCACGUUAGCAUUGAGCAUUGUCAUGGAAUAGAAGGAGUGUUAAGUUUAAUAGACCAGGGCAUGGCCUAAAAGGGUACGGUCUGCCAGUUCUGAGCUAUCGGGCGACUGCUUCAUUUCUAAGUUUGGACUAAAGCUGACACUCAGGAAGAAACGACCAGCAUCAGAUGUACAAAUAAAAGAGGUUCGUAGUGGAGACAUAGUAUAGGAAAGAAAGGAAAACAGCCCGCUUCCUUGACUCCAGGAAGAACUCCGCUCACACUUUUGGAGAACACCUUGGACUGUGAAAUAUUUCCUACUUAUAGAUGCACAAUUCUGAUUGUUGUAUGCGUGUGAAUGUGUGUGUGUGUGUGUGUGUGUGCAUCUCACUUGGGCCUUCUGCACACAGACCUGGAACUGGAGUUGCAGACAGCCAUGAGCUGCCGUCUCUCCAGCUUGUCCCUCUCGCUUUAAAAGUAAAUAAUUUUUCUACAUUGUAUGUGUCUGUGAGGGUGUACCUGUGCGUGUGUGGCAGUCAGAUGACGGCUUUUAGGAGUCUGUUCUUCCUGUCUGGGUUUUCGUGAUCAAACAGACUCAGGACAUCAGGGUUGGUAGCAAUACCUUUAUGUGCUGAGCCAUUUCUCUGGUGCGGAUCUCCACAUCCUAAUCAUUGUGUGUUAAUCGCAAUUAAACAUUAUCUAAUUGUCUCUAGAGA